AUGACCAUCAGCGGUACGGACUCGGCUCGAUCACGCAGCGAUAGUCAUCGCGAACUCCGUUCCUCUAUCUCAGAUGCUUGCGAAUCGUACGAAAGACCAGUCGGCCAGCCCAGACCAGUCUGGGGCUCGCACAAGCAAGAAUGCGGGGGUCUCAGAAAAAUAUGAAGACAGACAUGAACGCAACGUUCGUGCCAAAGGAGAAUCAUUCUCAGUAGUCGAGGAUCGUUCGAGGAACGAAAGGACGAAACAAUUUCAAGCAAAGCAGGCCACUAAAAGUCUCGUGCAGCAGGCUUCCGGGAAUAAGCGCGCUGCCGACGAGCUGUCGAGGACUGGAGAGCAUUCCAACGUAUGGAGGAAAAAGGCGGAGCAUUUUGAGCGGGUCGCAAUGGAAGCGCAGAAAGAGCUGCAACAAGCCCACCAAAAAAUUGAGACCCUCGUCAAGCAGCACAAAGAGAUGGAGAUGCUUGCAGAAACGCGACGUCUCGAGCUGCAUGCAGCACAGACAUACUUGAAUGAAGCCGACAUGGCCUCGGAAAGUGAUGUUGUCAAUGCUAUCAACGGUCUCAACGCAGAGAUAUUUCAGGCUGUGAAGAGGAUUGCGGACUCCUUCCGAGCUACAAACCCCCAAGUUCGCGAUCCGGAGGCUGAGAAAGAGGCUGAGAGAGCGAUCGGUCCAUCGAUGGUGCAAGUUCUUCGCUCUACGUUUAAUCACCAAGAUGAUACUAUCCUUUUUGAGGCUGCUCUUCAAGCAGCCAUGGUCUGCUUUGUCGGGAGAGUGAUAUCUGUGUGGAAUCUAGCGCAAUGGGAAGAUUCUACAUUGUUCGAUACCCACGUCAAGGUGUUCCAUUCUGAGAGCCAUGGAGUAGCAGGGCGCUGGCGAGCGCUCACACGGAAACACUCACCACGGCAGGCAACAGACGGUCGAUAUUGGGAAGAUGUUUUCGUAGAAGGCCUUUCGCACUUCUUAUCGUCCAUCAUCGUCGUCGCAGGCGGCAACCUUGAUGUCUCUCGGCCGAAUCCCGAGAACCUCAAGGUAAUCGUGUGUGCGGCCCUCCAGCUCCGCAAGAUGAUAGGCGAAGACAUUGUGGGGAGCGAGUACAUCGUGAGGUUUGGCGUACCAGGCGAGGCAUUUACGCCAGAGUCCAUGGACGACUGGUGCGCUGCUGACGGCAAAGCGCCGGAAGGGAAGCAUUCUGUCCUGUGCCCUUCAGCGCUUGGUCUGCAACGCUUCGAAAAAAAGUCAAGAAAUUGCGGAGGAUAUUGUCCGAGGAGUUUUCGUGCUAAAACAAAAGGUCGUCUUGGAGGGUUUCGCAACUGGGCUAGAUUUGGUGGGUAAUCCUGUUGGAUGAGCUGGCAGCCGCCGAAUACAUCAAUUCACAUACCAUCACCCAACUCGCGGCCAUCGCAUACAUUCCAACAUCAAUCAUAAAUCCAACACUGCAAGAGGCUCUUAUGCAUGUACCUUGACGAGUUUGAACACUUGCAACCAUGGCAGAGGUAUAUUGAAGACGCUUCGCCGUCGGAAUCAAUAAGGAACGCACGUUUAAGUUCAAAAAGCUAGAGUGCGGCCUGCCUGUGGAGUCUGACAAAUAAACUCCCUGUCCUUUCAUGACUACAGUCUAACGAGGUUCGAGCGG